AUGUUUCUAGUUCUUACCCUCACUGGACUUCCUAAUGAUCUUGAUUCAGUACGCGAUCAGAUUUUGGCUAGUCCGACUACAGUGGAUGUUCGGGCGUCUCAAACUAUGGAGAAUAGACAAGGAGGAGGUCGUUUUGGAAGAUCUAGAACCAAGUAUUCUUAUUGUCACAAACUUGGACACACUCGUGAAAUGUGCUAUUCCUUACAUGGUCGUCCACCCAAAAAUGCUUACAUUGCUCAGACCGAGACUACAAUACUCUUGGACCAUGAGUCAUGGACUCAGGCGCUUCUGAUCACUUCUCUGUUUCACUAUACAAAAAAACUGAAUGCAUUAGUUCCAUUACAGGAUGCUUAUCUCCCGCAACGGCUUUUGGAUAAAUUAAUGUUCAUUUAUAACUAUGUGGAGAUGGCUCGAGUUACUGGUGUACCUAUAUCUUUUCUUCUCGCAAGAGGGCAAAGCAUUAAGGUACUCUCUCAACUUUUAAGGAAGGCGAGGCAAAGGAAUCUUGUUAUACCAAAUGUAAAACAGGCUGGAUCUGAGCAAGGAACAUAUGAGGGUGCGACGGUUUUGGAGGCUCGAGCUGGUUUUUAUGAGAAGCCAAUUGCAACUUUGGAUUUUGCAUCUCUAUAUCCGUCGAUCAUGAUGGCAUAUAAUUUAUGUUACUGCACGCUAGUAACUCCUGAAGAGUUCCACAAACUAAACCUCUGUGAAGUGGAUGUCAACAAGACCCCUUCUGGUGAAAUGUUUGUCAAGUCAGAUUUACAGAAGGGGAUACUUCCAGAAAUUCUUGAAGAACUAUUGGCCGCUCGCAAAAGAGCAAAAGCAGAUUUAAAGGAAGCAAAAGAUCCUUUAGUCAAAGCUGUCUUAGAUGGACGUCAGCUAGCUUUGAAGAUUAGUGCAAAUUCAGUAUAUGGGUUUACUGGAGCUACUGUUGGUCAAUUACCAUGUUUAGAAAUAUCUUCAAGUGUUACUAGCUAUGGUCGACAGAUGAUUGAGAAGACAAAAAAGCUUGUGGAGGACAAGUUCACAGUACUUAAGGGGUAUGAACACAAUGCUGAGGUUAUAUAUGGAGAUACAGAUUCGGUGAUGGUGCAGUUUGGUGUGCCUACAGUGGAAGAGGCUAUGAAAUUGGGUAGAGAAGCUGCUGACCACAUUAGUGAGACAUUUAUCAAACCAUUAAGACUAGAAUUUGAGAAGAUAUAUUAUCCAUAUCUGCUGAUUAGCAAGAAGAGAUAUGCCGGCCUUCUAUGGACAAAUCCAGACAAACAUGACAAAAUGGACGCUAAAGGGAUUGAAACUGUUCGGAGGGAUAAUUGUCUCUUGGUCAAGAACCUUGUAACCGAGUGCCUUCAUAAAAUACUAAUGGACAGAGAUGUUCCUGGUGCUGUUCAAUAUGUCAAGAAUACUAUCUCAGAUCUUCUCAUGAACCGCAUGGAUUUAUCUCUUUUGGUUAUUACUAAGGGUCUGACGAAAACUGGAGAUGAUUAUGAAGUAAAGGCAGCACAUGUUGAACUUGCAGAGCGAAUGCGCAAGCGAGAUGCUGCUACUGCACCUAAUAUUGGUGAUAGAGUACCUUACGUCAUCAUUAAAGCUGCAAAAGGUUCCAAGGCAUAUGAAAAGUCAGAGGACCCUAUUUACGUAUUAGAGAACAACAUACCUAUAGAUCCUCAUUACUAUCUUGAAAAUCAAAUUAGUAAGCCACUUCUGAGGAUUUUUGAGCCAAUACUGAAGAAUGCAAGUAAAGAGCUUCUUCAAGGAAGUCAUACAAGAUCGAUCUCAAUAUCGACCCCUUCAAACAGUGGUAUUAUGAAAUUUGCUAAGAAGCAACUCACUUGCAUUGGAUGCAAAGCACUAAUCAGUGGUUCUGAUCGAACUCUCUGCAAUCACUGCAAAGGAAGAGAAGCUGAACUUUAUUGCAGAUCCGUGGCUAAUGUGGCUGAACUAGAGAAGCUUUUUGGGAGGCUAUGGACACAAUGCCAAGAAUGCCAAGGCUCUCUUCAUCAGGAUGUCCUAUGCACUAG